CGGCAUCAUCGGGGAUCUUUUUCUCCGCCGGCACUGCCUUCCCCGGAGAUUCUUUUCCCCCAAAAGUGGCCUCCAGAACGAUGAAUUCCCUCCCUUUCCUUCUUCUUCUGCUCUACCUUAUCCUUCUCGCUUUUCCCUCCCAUGGGUUUCGUAACUCCACCGCUUCUCUUGACGACUCCCUUGUCUACCUCUGGCCUCUCCCCAAGGAAUUCCGCUAUGGCGACCGGACCGUCUCCAUCGACCCCGACCUCGCUUUCCGCCUUGAAGGAGCCGGGGGGAGCUCUACCGUCUUGAAGGAGGCGUUCGAGAGGUAUAAGGAUUUGAUCUUUAAGCCGUGGGCCAGAUCCGUCCGGCGGUGGUCGGGGGCAUACGACGUCAGUGAGCUGACUGUGUUCGUCUCUUCCGACAACGAAACGCUUCAAUUAGGCGUGGAUGAGAGUUACACCCUCUACGUGGGUGGCGAAGGGCGCCUUUCGAUCCUCGGAGGAGCUUCGAUCGAGGCCAAUACUAUUUAUGGGGCUAUGCGUGGGUUAGAGACAUUCAGCCAAUUGUGUAUAUUUAACUAUGAAACUAAAACUGUAGAAGUGUACAAUGCCCCAUGGUAUAUUCAAGAUGAACCACGGUUUGCUUUUCGCGGGCUUCUUCUCGAUACCUCACGACAUUACCUACCAGUAAGUGUGAUCAAGCAAGUGAUCGACUCAAUGUCAUAUGCUAAAAUGAAUGUUCUCCACUGGCACAUCAUAGACGAACAAUCCUUUCCUUUGGAGGUACCUUCAUAUCCAGAUUUGUGGAAGGGUUCAUACACAGAGUGGGAGAGAUAUAAUGUUGAGGAUGCAUAUGAAGUUGUUGACUUUGCCAAGAAACGAGGUAUCCACAUCAUGGCAGAGACCGACACACCUGGGCAUGCAGAAUCAUGGGGUGUUGGUUAUCCUAACCUCUGGCCUUCUCGCAACUGUACCGAGCCCCUGGAUGUAGCAAAAAAUUUCACAUUUGAAGUGAUUUCUGGAAUCCUUACUGAUAUGAGAAAAAUUUUUCCAUUUGGCCUGUUCCACCUGGGAGGGGAUGAAGUAAAUACAGAUUGCUGGGAUUCAACCCCCCAUGUGAAGCAAUGGCUUCAGGAACACAACAUGACUACAAAGGAUGCUUAUCAGUAUUUUGUAUUGAGGGCUCAAGAGAUAGCAAUUGCUCUUGGUUGGAUUCCAGUUAACUGGGAAGAAACCUUCAACACAUUCAAGGAAAAUCUCAAUCCUCAAACAGUUAUACAUAACUGGUUGGGCCCCGGAGUCUGUCCUAAAGCUGUUGCAAAGGGUUUUAGAUGUAUCGUCAGCAACCAAGGUGUAUGGUACCUUGAUCAUCUGGAUAUUCCAUGGGAGGAUUUCUACAACAGCGAACCAUUGGAUGGAAUAAAUAGUACACUGCAGCAAGAACUUGUACUUGGUGGAGAGGUUUGCAUGUGGGGUGAGACAGCUGAUACAUCUGAUGUUCUACAAACAAUAUGGCCACGUGCUGCUGCAGCUGCAGAGCGCUUGUGGAGUCCAUUAGAUGCCACCUCUGCUGGAAACCUAAACUCAACUGUGCUGAGCCGGCUACAUUACUUCAGAUGUUUGCUGAAUCAUCGUGGGGUUGCAGCUGCCCCAGUCACCAGUAAGUAUGCACGACGUCCCCCGAUAGGUCCUGGUUCAUGCUUUGCUCAAUAAUCUGAGGUGCUGUAAAGACGUGCGCAAAGGCCCAAUUGGACCUAGUGUUAUGCAUUAAUCUUGAAUCCACUGUAAAGGUACAGAUAAAGAGACUCUACUUAGUCCAUUAUUUAUGCUUUCUGUAAUAAUCAGGUGUAUGGUCAUUGAUCUGCUGUUUAUUGUCAUAAUGGAAUUCAAUAUACCAGAUGUAUGUCAAAAAGCAUUUACUUUUCCAAAUAAAUUUCCUAUGAUCUUGCUGCUGCUA